UACAUCAAUUUUUCACUGGAGCUGGCCUGAAAAUGCAGAGAAGUGCUUCCAUCUUUCGCUGUCUUUUGCGGGCUCGUUCAUUUUCGAGCUCAUCAAAGCCAUGGAGUGUGAGAGCAAGUGUUUGCAAAGGACUUCCAUUGAUAAAUCAAGCUGAAAGAUGUCUGAGAAGCUCCACCCUCUUCACACCUAGGCUGCUCUACCAGUUACAGAAACCAUGCAGGUUCUAUUCAUCAGAAGAUUUACCAGCUCAUUACAAGAUCACCCUUCCUGCUCUGUCUCCAACCAUGGAAGUUGGUACUGUGGUCAGAUGGGAGAAACAGGUUGGAGAUCAACUGAACGAUGGGGAUCUGUUGUGUGAGAUUGAGACAGACAAGGCAACCAUGGGCUUUGAGUCUUCAGAAGAGGGCUACCUGGCAAAGAUCUUUGUGGAGGAAGGUGCCAAGGAUGUUCCUGUUGGAAGGUUGCUAUGUAUUAUAGCAGAGCAAGAAUCAGGAGUAGAGGCUUUCAAGGAUUUUGAAGAUCUAGGAGUCAUUGAAGCACCUCAGGGUCCACCAGCCCCUGUCAAGGAAAGUCCGCCAGCUCAGGUUGCUGCUCCUCCACCACCUCCACCACGCCCACCACCACCACCAGCUGCCGCUACACCUAGUACAACACCACGCCCUCCACCUGUUCCCAUGGCAGCCCCUGCAGCGGGUGCGACCCAGGGAAGGGUCUUUGCCAGUCCAUUAGCAAGGAAACUAGCUGCAGAGCGAGGAAUCAAUAUUAAUACCCUUCAAGGUACCGGUCCAGGAGGUCGUAUAGUGAAGGCAGACAUAGAGUCCUAUGUCCCCGGAGUAGCAGGAGUACCCAUGCCAGCUGCAGUACCUGGGGCAGGUUUCACAGAUAUACCUGUGGAUGCGCUCAGAAUGGAACAAGCUAAUGCUGCAGUGUAUUCUAAACAGACAAUCCCCCAUUACUAUCUCAUGGCUGACAUAGAUGUGGGUUCAGUACUCAGGUUACAAGGCAGUCUGAAUGAGAUGGUGAGUGAGGAUACCCCUAUCACUCUCAAUGAGUUUGUCAUCAAGGCUGCUGCAUUGUCCUGCCAGAAGAUUCCCGACGCCAACUCGGCGUGGUUCGGAGACAAGAUCAGGCAAUACCAUAAUGUGGAUGUAAAUAUUGCAGUGACUUCAGACUAUGGCACAGUUACUCCUAUCAUUAAUGCAGCAAAUACCAAGGGUCUAGAAGCUAUCAGGCAAGAGGUUGACUAUGUGACAGCUCUAGCACAAGAUGGCAAGAUGCAAACACAGGGAGGAACAUUUAGCAUCUCAAAUUUCGGUGAGUUUGGAGUUCGGGGCGUGGCUGGUAUCAUCCCCUCCCCACAAGCCUGCCAUCUAGGGAUAGGAGCUGUCCAAGAAAGAUUUGUACCUGAUGAAGAUGCAGAGGAAGGAUAUCGUCCAGCAUCUAUUGUUACAGUAACCCUUGUAUGUGAUCACCGAGUAGUGGACGGCGCAGUGGGUGCACAGUGGCUUCAGCAAUUCAAGAGAUACAUGGAGACACCACACUCCAUGCUCCUCUAGUACCUGGUAGUAAUAAUCAAUUCAAACAUUGAAUGAGAAACAGAAGGGCGUUGGGAGAUGGAAGGUGUGCUAUUUCUUCCAGUUCUGAACUCCUAGAUGGCUGAGCAAUCAAGAGAAUUACCUGGCUUCACACCAACGGAAGUGCAUGCUGGAAUGGAACUUCAGUAGUCAUCAAGGGUUUAAAGACUCUGCAAGGAAGACCACUUCAUUCUCUAUAGGUUAUCCUUUUUUGCAGAAUGCACAUUUUUGGAGUUUGCAGGCUGUUAAAAAAAAGAGGGACUCAUGUAAGAUUUUAACAAAUUGUGUUCUCCUUGAUUCUUUAAUUUACUAUGCAAGAAUGAUUUCUCUUAAUUUGAGUAUUUUGUUAAGUGGAUGUUAAAAGGGUUAUUAUCAACCGUCAAGGAAAUCUAUAUGCUAUAGCUGCUCCGUACCACCAGCUUACUCUGAUGACACAAAGGCUCGUAUCAUUGGGUUUGUGUUUUGGGUGAUGUUAACCGUUGGUUUCCUUUAAUAGUGAGUAUAUGACAAUCGUAUCGUCUGAAGAGACCAAGGAUGAAUGAUCCCAAUCUCUUGGACCCCAUUCAGACUUGAUGCAGGAAACGGCAAAAAUCAAAGUUUUUGUAUGAAUUAAU